CCCCAGAGGCGAUGGCGGGCGGGUGGGGGUCGGCGUAUGCUGCAAUAGCCGGCCUGUUGGGGGCGCUGGCGGCCUGUUCAGCCAAGCUCGCCCUGGGCGCCGAUUACCUGCAGGGAAUCUGCGUGGCUGCCGCCGGGUCCUCAGCCGGUCAUUGCGACUGGUUAUCCGUCAUGCUUCGAGCAGGAUGUGGUGGUCUGGUGCUUGCCUGCAAUGCCAUAAUGUGGACUUUCUUUGCCAAAGCCUUAAAAUCCUCCUCCUCUUCAGCGACAGCAACUGUGACGUCAACCGCUUCCAAUUUCAUCUCUUCUGCCGUUCUUGGCAAUUUGCUGUUUGGAGAGACCCAUGCCCUAUUAUGGUGGAUAGGGAUAUCCAUUACACUCUUCGGACUUCUGCUGCUCCACACUGCCCCACCUCCACCAGAAGAACAGAAACACCCGAAGGAAAAGAAAACAUAGAACCGGUUACGAUGUCCCCUGUACCAGAGCAGUGGUCCAUCUUAUCCAGCACAGAAGACCCAACUAGUUGCCCUGGAGGGUGAAUGAGCAGACUGUAGAAGCAAGACCUUCCUCUGAUGCUUCCUCCUAAGGAGGUUUACUGUCUCUGAAUGCAUAUGCUCUCUGUGACCUUCUUGGCUUGUAGCCAUUGAUGGAAAUCUGGCUAAUUCCCUUUCAAAUCCAUCUGUGCUACGGUAACAACCAUCACUACAUGUACUGGCAAGGAAUUCCACUUUUCUUACUUGUUGAGUAAAGAAGCUCUUCCUCAAAGGAAAAGCCUCAAAGGACUUUCUGUUCAUGUCAUGAACAGGAAAUUACACCAGAACAAAGACUUUUGGUUUUCUCUAGCAAUGGUUUCUCUGGUUUUGUUUGCAUAUAGAUGGAUUUACUACUGAUACUAUGUAAUGGAGUUCUGCAAAGACUGUGAUUAUAGUCAUGGUUGUGGCAAACUCCAGUGCAUCGAACCAUGAAGGAAGAGGGCCGUUGAGACGGGUUGUUGUCAGCUCUAUGGUCUCUAAGGAAUGCUGCAGAGGUUUUAGUAAAUAAUAGGAUUUAAUACAGAACUGAAGGGUGGAGCUUUGCAAGACUCGCUGGACCAAAUGUUCUUUCUCAGUUUAAUACACUACUAUAUCCUUCAGAAUCUUUCAGCUGGGCUUCUGAUUUCAAAUUUUUAACAACUAAUUCUACACUAAUGUGUUCUUCAUGAUUGACAGGACCUGCGUGUAUUUUGUAUUCAGAUAUGUUUGCUUCGUGCAUGACCUGGUAUUGCUUCUUCUGUUCCAGUGUACUGCAUUAAAGAUUAAAAGAAAGGAGCCCUACCUGAUGCAAUAUGGACUGACAGUUCUGGAAACAUUGCUUGGUGUAGUCAUGUGCUAACCUUUGUAUCCAACUGAGUUCCUGACCUCGUGUGAUCUGAGUACUAAGGCCUUGUGGUCUGUCCGAGUAAAGUGUUUGACUCAGUCACUGUUAAGCCUGGGUUCAAACCCCCAUAACUGUAGAGUCAUUUUUUGUUAGGCUUACAGCCCCAUCAAGAGCUGUAGGGUGGUUGGGGUCUAUGCAGCUUUUAUGCCACUCACCUGCUUCAAUGGGCUUUCCUGUGAUGCAGGAAGUUUGAGCAGUAACCCCCCCUCCCGAAAAAAAAUCCUCACCUCACCCCCUCCGCCCACACAUUUGCCCCUUGCACCAAUGGAAUGGGCAUUUCUGCUGGUGCAGGGGCAUGUCACCUCCAGAAGGGAAUUCACCCCCACUCCCAAAUGGGGCUGUUGGUUUGCCAACUAAAAUAAAAACAGAAAAGCCUUCUUCUCAAAACUCAGUGACAUGUUCAACUUCUCCCAUCUCUGCAUGUCUUCAUUUAUACUCGUCCAGACCUUUUGGGUAAUUCUCCUUAUAAAGUCUCAUUAUACUUA